AUGCCGACUUACUUUUUUCAUCUUACCUUUGAGCUUUACCCCUCGCGCUCGUCGCCGGACAAGACAUUUACCCCGCCGCCGCGGACCGACAUCUUCAAUUCCGAACUCCCGGCGCAUCGAAGGGCCUCUUGGGGCUCCUAUCCUUCUCCCACGCGCACCUAUAGCAGCACUUCCGCCCACAUUGCCUCUAGCAGCGAGGCUGGCCAAGCAACCAUCUCCCGCGACCAACGGGCUACUUCACGUCGGCUCAGCCAGCGCACGCGACCAUCCUUCUCGAACCACCACGACAGCCCCGUGCCUGUUGUCAAGCCCCCAACCAGACCCGCACACAGACGGACACAGAGCUUUGCGCACCGAGACUGGCGAUUCGGCACCAUUUCCAUUCUCAGCAUCGACAUGAACCCGAGCGAUGGCACUGAUCUUGCUCAGCCCCGCGCAAAGUCUCUCAAGCACCCUUCCCAUUCCUCGAACACGGGCGGCUUAGCGACAAAGGGAAAGUUUAUACCCUCUGAUCUGAAGGAUACCGAAGUUGGCUGGGGAGUGGUACAUCUGUAUCGAGAUGGGCACGAAACACCAGGCUUAUACGAUGAAGUCGACCGAGGCAACAAGUCUUUCAAUGAGGAAGAAUGCACAACGCUGUGCAUCCUGGCAGUCCCUUCAUACAUGACACCUUCGGAUUUUCUGGGCUUCAUGGGCGAGCAGACGAGGGAACAUGUCUCUCAUUUUAGGCUUAUUCGGACAAGCAGAGCCAACAAGUACAUGGUGUUGAUGAAGUUUCGCGAGGCCAAGAAGGCACGGGAAUGGAGGAAAGAAUGGGACGGGAGGCCAUUCAACAGCAUGGAGCCGGAAUACUGCCAUGUCGUCUUCGUCAAGUCGAUCAACUUUCAAAACGGCGACUCCAACAGCGACCCGACCUCGUAUCCAGAUCUUAAAAACGACCCCUUUGCGCCCGCUGCGACAAAACAGCCCACAGCCCCUCUCCCAUCGGCGACCAAUGUCUCCUCGCCUGUUGACGGUCCUUCGAUAGCGACAUCACUCACCGCAAAGCCACACGCCCCGCCCACACCUGCUCUAGUCGAGCUACCGACAUGUCCUGUCUGUUUGGAGAGAAUGGAUGAAACAACAGGCCUCCUCACCAUAUUAUGUCAGCAUGUCUUUCACUGUGCCUGUCUCGAGAAAUGGCGAGGUUCGGGCUGUCCAGUGUGUCGAUAUACGCAGAAUGAUGCCUUUACCCUGCACCGCAGCGCGGAUGGGGAUAGUCCUGACAAUGAGUGUAGCGUCUGCGGAUCUACACAAAACCUCUGGAUCUGCCUCAUCUGCGGUAAUAUAGGGUGCGGGCGCUACGACUCGGCUCACGCAUUUGCACAUUACGAGGCUACAAGCCAUACAUAUGCCAUGGACGUGGUGACGCAGCAUGUCUGGGACUAUGCAGGCGAUGGCUACGUUCAUCGCCUCAUACAAAACAAAACAGACGGCAAGCUCGUGGACAUGCCAGCCUCGAACCAAUCCUUCAGUGCGCCUGGUAUGACGGGCUACGCCAACGACACUGUCCCACGCGAGAAGCUAGACAACAUGGGCAUGGAGUAUGCCUACCUCCUGACAUCGCAACUCGAAUCGCAACGCGCAUACUUUGAAGAGCAGCUCGAGCGCGCCGUCGACAAGGCCGCCAAAGCCGCCUCUACCGCCGAAGAAGCCAGCCGCUCCAUCACGACGCUAUCCCAAAAACUCGACCAGCUCUCCACCGACCACGCCCAAGCCACAUCGACCAUUGCCUCGCUCACCAAGGAAUCUGCGCGCAACGCUCAAAAAGCAGCGUCCGCCUCUGAACUCGCCCGCAGCCUCACAAAGCAGUACAAAGAAGAGCAGAUUGUAAACGAAUCCCUCAUGCAGCGCAUCAAGCACCUCGAAGCUAAAAUCGAGGAUGCUCAGCACAAAGUGCAGAUGCUCGAGGCGCAGAAAGCAGAUCUCGAGGAGCAGAAUCGCGACCUCGGCUUUUUUAUCAGCGGCCAGCAGAAGCUCAAGGAGAUGACGGGCAAUGAGGUCUUGGGACUCGAUCAGGCCGAGGUAGAAGCUGGUACUGUCGAGGUGGGUGAAUCCGCCAAGAAUAGCCGUGCGAGGAGGAAGGGCAAGAAGAAGGCGUAA